AUGGGAGCAAAGCCAUUAAAAUUAUACAAACCGGCGGAUGAAAAUCUCGAAUCGUUAUCACUCGUGUGGCUCGACGCUCAUGUCGAUACUUCACGAGAAAAUAUUCAGAUACAAAACCAACUUCGUUCUAUCAUCAACUAUAUGAAGACAUUUCAAGAUGUUUUGGAAUGUGAAAAAUAUAUUCGAUCAGUUCCCGACGAUGAUCGAAUAUUAUUAAUUGUAAGUGGAGGAAUGGGUCAACAAUUAGUACCUAGUAUUCACAAACUGAGACAAAUACUUUCGAUCUAUGUAUUUUGUUUGGAUAAAUCAAAGCAUGAAGGAUGGUCACAGCAAUAUACGAAAAUCAAAGGUUUGUUUACUAAAAGAGAAGAUCUUGUUCGUGAAAUAGAAUCUGAUCGUCAAAGACGGAAGAAAGGUGAUGAACCAAUCUUAAUUUCAAUUCAAGGAAAAUCAACCAGUGAAUUAAAUGGUCAAUUUGUUCAUUCUCAAAUACUGAUUGAUGUUCUACUUCGAAUAAAACCAACUCGAGAAGAUAAAGAUGAACUCAUAUCACGUUGUUACAAAACGUACAAAGAAAAUGACAUUCAGUUAGCAGCUGUGAAGGAAUUCGAUGGAAAAUACAAAUCAAAUCAAGCAUUGUGGUGGUAUUCAAGAGAAUGUUUCGUCUAUCGAAUCUUGAAUAGAGCAUUUCGAACACAAGAUAUUGAUAUUCUCUAUCUGUUUCGGUUUUUUAUUCUUGAUCUUCACAAACAACUCAAUGAGCAUCGAUGUAAAACAUCUAUUCAGGUCUACAGGGCGCAACAAAUGUCGAAAGAUGAAUUCGAAAUGUUACGCAAUUCCAUUGGUCAAUUUAUUUCGAUCAAUUCUUUUCUUUCGACAAGUUUUGACCGUUUAGUUGCUUUACGAUUUUUAAAUGCAACACUGGAUGCGGAUCUUGAAAAUGUCUUAUUUGAAAUAACUGCUGAUCCCAAUGUCGCGAGCAAACCUUUUGCCGAUAUUACUCAGAUGAGUUGCCAUCGGAAUGAAAAAGAAGUGUUAUUUAUGGUUGGAUCCAUCUUUCAACUUGUUGGCAUACGAAACGACGACGGUCAGACAUGGAUUAUUCAAAUGAGUCUCUGUUCGGAUGAUGAUCAUCACCUUCAAGUUAUUUUUGAACAUAUGAGAAGUGAACACGGUGGUGGAGAGAAAAAUCUUCUCUCUUUUGCGAAUGUUCUCGCUGAAAUGGGUCGAUUUGAUGAAGCAGAAAAAUAUUAUCAUCGUUUACUUGACCAUCUUCCACUUGAUGAUCCUGAUAUUGGUCGUUGUUAUCAUGGUCUGGGUAAUAUUACGGAUGCAAAAGGUGAUUACGAUACAAGUCUUCAGUGGCAUCAAAAAUCACUGCAUAUGAGAAUGAAAUUAUUACGAACAGAUCAUCCUCAUCUGGCUCCUAAUUAUAUCAGUAUUGGAUGUGCUUAUUUCAACAAAGAAGAUUAUCAUCGGGCACUAGAAUCAUAUUUUAAAGCAUAUGAAAUUAUUCAAAAUGCUUUUGGCGAAGAUCAUCCUGAUGUUGCAAUGUGCUUAAAUAAUAUUGGUUGUGUAUAUGAACGUGAAAAGGAAUAUGAAACAGCUUUAGAAUAUCAUGAUCGAGCUUUGAAGAUUCGAGAAGAUUUUCUACCUGAAUAUCAUUUUGAUAUUGGUCAAUCACAUCAUAAUCUUGGCAAUGUCUAUCGCGCUUUAGGUUGUUAUGAUUUAGCAUUGGAAAAUUACUUACGAGCAUUAACAAUCAAAAACAAAUCCUUACCUUAUGAACAUCAUGAUGUUGCUUUAACAUUAGAAAAUAUUGGAAAUGUUUAUAAAGACAAAGAAGAAUAUGAUCAAGCAUUAGAGUACUAUAAGAAGGCAGAGACUAUCUAUGAUUGUUGUUUUCUACCUACUCAUGCAAAUGUUAUACAAAUCAAACAAUAUAUACAAUAUCUUUCAUAA